CUUCUCUGAUUUUGAACGUUUUUUUUUUUCUGUUUUAUUUAUUGGUUUCGGUUUUACUGUAUUUAUUUGUUUCUAUUUUAAUUUUUUUUCUGUUUUAAAUUGUUAAUUUACAGUCAGUAGUAGUAUAAGUGAAAGGGCCGUAGACAGUAGCAUAAUAUAUGCUUGCUUUUCCUAUUUUCAGCUUGUUAAUUUACUAUGGAAGGUUCUAAUACCGGCACUCCAUCAACCGGAUCAUCUGGUGCUUAUGAACCGGCAAAAAAGUAUGGAAAACCGGAUCCUAAUAAUAAGAAUAAUUGGACAUGUAUCUUUUGUGGUAAAGUAACAAAAGGAGGGGUCUAUCGCUUAAAACAACACUUGGUUGGAGGAUUUAGAAAUGCAUUGAAAUGUCCUAGUUGUCCCGAACAUGUAAGGGAGAAAGUCAAGGAUUUCAUGAUUAAAAAGGCACAAGAUAAGGCAAAUAGUCAAAUGAUGCCAAACAUACCUCAAUUUGAUCAUGGUGUUGAUGAUGAUGGGGAAAGGGAAGAGGAAGAUUGUGAGAUAGUGGGUAGUAGCGGUAAAAGAAGUAGAAAGACUAGCAAUCUUCCUAAAAAACCAAGGCACAAAGGCCCCUUGGACAUGUUUAUCACUUCUACUCCCAAAGAUAUAUUGCAAGGAAGAAAGGAAAGGAACGGCAUUUUUGGAGUUUGUGACAAAGAGUUAAGGGAAAAGACUUGUAGGCAUAUUGCUAGGUGGUUUUAUGAUGCGGGAAUUGCUUUUAAUGCGGUUAAUUAUGAGAGCUUUGGAGUGAUGAUUGAAGCAAUUGGACAAUAUGGUCCCGGCUUGAAGCCACCAAGUAUGUAUGAGCUUAGAGUUCAUUUGCUUAACAAAGAAGUGGAGGACACUAACAAGCAAAUGGAGGAGCAUAAGAAAGAGUUGGCAACAAAAGGGUCCUCCAUUUUAUCCGAUGGAUGGCGUGAUUCGGUUGCACAAAAAGAUAUUGUGAACUUUCUUGUCAACUCUCCAAGGGGUUCCAUUUUCAUAAAAUCCAUGGAUGUUUCGGAAGUUGUGAAAGAUGCAACUUUGUUGUUUCAAAUGCUAGAUGACAUGGUUGAAGAAGUUGGAGAGGCAAAUGUUAUUCAAGUGGUGACGGAUAACGCAUCUAACUAUGUUAAGGCCGGUAAGAAAUAAUCAUUCUCCCUUUACUUUUUAGUUGAAUUUAAGUCCUAGAUUUACUUUGUCUCUAACUUGUAAAUGGUUAUAUUUGAUUUUGUAAUUUGUAGGUAAACUACUUAUGGCACAAAGACCUCAUCUUUAUUGGACUCCAUGUGCCGCACAUUGCGUUUAUUUAAUGUUGGAAGACAUUGGAAAACUUCCAAUGGUCAAGAGUGCACUCAAGAAGUGUAUGUUCAUGAAUGGUUAUAUUUAUAGCCAUAUCCCUCUUGUGAACAUGAUGAGGAAGUUCACACAUGAAAGAAAUUUGCAUAGGCCGGCGGUUACUAGAUUUGCAACAUCUUUCAUCACUCUUGCUCAAUUUCAUAAACAAAAGGCCAACUUGAGGAAGAUGGUUACUUCUCAUGAGUGGAGUGCUUCUAAGUGGUCAAAGGAAUUGGGUGGAAAGAAAAUAGCAUCCUUUCUCUUGCAAGAAAACUUUUGGAAGAAUGUUGUUCAUGCUCUUAAGUUGGCAAGUCCUCUUGUGAAGGUGCUUAGGAUGGUUGAUGGAGAGAAAAAGCCUCCAAUGGGCUACAUUUAUGAAGCCAUGGAUAGGGCCAAGGAAGCUAUUUCUAAGGCUUUUUCAAUGAAGGUUGAACACUAUCAAAAGGCUUUUGAGUUCAUUGAUAAAAGGUGGGAUGUUCAACUUCAUCGACCUUUGCAUGCGGCCGGAUUUUAUUUAAAUCCGGAAAUCCAUUAUGAUAAACCCGAUCAAGUUGCUAAUGAGGAAGUUGUGAAAUGUAUGUAUGAUUGCAUUGCAAGGAUAGUUCCGGAUGUGGAAACUCAAGACAAGAUACUUAAUGAAUUGGAUUCAUUUAGGAAUGCCACCGGACUCUUUUCCCAUAACAUGGCAAUUAGGCAAAGGAAGACCAAAUCACCAGGUAACCACUCUAUCAAGUAUUGAUCUACAUAAAUUAAAUAUCAAGUUUUAAGUUUUAUGACUUUUAACACAUGUUUCUACUUUCUUUACA